AUGUCUGAAGGAAAUUGGGAUGACUCUGAUACUGACUCCGAACCUGUGGAGAUAGUUGAGAAACCAGUUAUUCUUCCAAGAGCCAGGCAACCUUCCAUAGCUAAAAGCUUGGAAAAAAACGCGAUCCUGGAAUCGUCUGUUGCUGGUUCUGUGAAAGAUAUGGACGGUGAUGAUACGGAUGAUGAUAGCGUCUCCGUUGGUAGCGCCGCUUCCUUGGAAGGCGAGGAUGAAAUGUAUGCACCAAUCACUCUAGAUUUUGAUGCUACAACGAGCAUGAAAAAGCUUAUCUCGCAAUUCCGAAGUGAAUAUCGAAAUAUCAUUAUGGAGUUUGCGGACGUCGAAAUAUUUCUUAUUAAUUUGGACAGUUUGAUCUUGGAGUGCGCAGCUCACUCAUAUCACAAUUGGCAGCAUGGAGGACAAACCUUGCUUAUUGCGUCGCAGAUUGAACGUUUUCUGCAACAUUUCCUUGAUCUCGGAGGCAAGUUCAAGUUAGUAGUGUUCACUGACUUCGCCGUUCAAUUCGCUAGAGACACGACUCUCGCCUUCACUAGAACUUGUGCGAUCUCUCAUAUUGCCUCCAGCAGUUUCGGAAAGGAUUUGGUGUAUUUCACAAGUCCUGUAGAUAUUGCCUGGGAGAAGUUUUUGAGAGAUAUUACUCCAUCAUUUUUGAUGAUUUCAAUUGAAAACGUUCCUCAAGAGUUGUGUGCUCAAGAAGAUGUCAAUGUUGUUCCACAGCUCGAAACUAUAGUUUUGCAUGUGUUAGCGGAAGGAAUUCCCGUUGUUCUGUUAAAUUCUAUUGCUAUCAAUUUUGCUUCCGUUGAAGCAUACUAUAUUAACCCAAAGCUUGUUAUUGUCCACAACUGGGAUAGCUUCGUGGCUGCUCAUUGGGAUUGCAACAGUGAAUUGCUGAAAAUGGCCAAAAACCCGGUGAAUGACAUUUCUCAGCUCAAAAGCACAGCUGAUUUCUGGAUCAAAAUCAUCCAAGAAGUCAAAGCAACAAGUUGUUCGGAAAACUUCGACUCUUUUGCUUCCGCUGUUAUUCUAUCAGCUCUCAUCACUUCAAGACGAGGAGAUGAUAGAAUCUACAUCCCUGCCAAAGAAAACACUAAGCGGGGAUUGGAUAUCAUCAAAGAUAGACGCAACGUUCUUAAGACCGCAGUCUCGUUCUUAGAAAAGACUGAUUUCUCCAAAUCUCAGUUUUCGUUUGCGGAUGUCUGGGAUGGUAGAAUGGUAUUCACAUUGUUUGAUGCUAUUGUGAACAAUGAAGAAGUCUUGCCGUACAGACUACAGGAAGAGUUCGCAUUAUACCAUGGCAAAGCACAGCUAGCGAAACCCCUGGCUGUUGAUACGACUGAAAAGUUGUUUGAACCCAAACCAGAGACUCCUAACCCACUCACUAGCUUACCUAUGCUAUAUUCUGCGAAAUCUCCUAUUGUUGAUCAGUUUAUUCCAGAGUUGAAUAAGGCUGACUCUGAGAACAUUUACGUCGAGGGUAGCAAACAAGACUACGUUGAUUGGUUCAGAAUCAACAUGAGUUGGAAACUGAAGGCUAUCGAAGGACAGUUCGUGGAACCUGCAGUGAAAAUUGAGGAUACAUGGCAACAGAAAAGGUUGAACAAGUCACGCCAGUUCUUGAGUAGAUGGUAUGAAAUGUUUGCUAACUCUCUGGAAGGAAAAGGAUCGAAUCUGCUUGUCGAUUUCUCUAGAACACCCAAAGGUUACGCUUCAGUUGAAGACGACAAGGACAAGCAAAAGAAGAACAAGGGAUGGGCAGGACAAAAGUCUGGUGGUGGCGGUGGAGGCGGUAAAAAGGGAAAGGAAGUCGUCAAAUCCAAGAAAGAACUCAUUCUCGAAGCGAACAAGAAAAAUAAGGACAGCAAAGCCAUCGAAGGUGAAAAAACAAAAAUCAAGUACGCUACUCAGCAUGGAAAGAAUAGCGUUGGAUUGUUGGUUUCUCUUCUACCUAAGUUGUGCUUAUCUGAAACAAAAGCUCUUUGUUUGUAUGAGAUUGUAAUGAGAGAAGCUAAAGAAAUUCUUGCAACUCUCACUGGUGCUUCUAAUUUGGAAAGGAGACGUGUCGAAUGCGUUGAUCUUGUAGAACAUAUAAAACAUUGUUUCACUCGUCAUUGGCAAUACUUGGAGGAUAAGCAAAAAUCUGAUAUCGCUGAUAUUUGGGUAUCACUGGGAUUCGAGCCUCCAGCAAAUGUUAAGAUUUCCGCGGAAUCAAAACAGAAGAAGUUGACACUCGAUAUCAAUAUGGUUUACUACCAAUUGAAAUACGGUGGACAACUCAUUGAUAUUCUUGCUGAUCCUCAAAAGGAUGAUCGUGUUACUGGUUUCAGCCCAGAUGGUUGGCAGAGAAAUAUGUUGGAUUCUGUUGAUAGAGGACAUUCUGCUAUCAUCAUUGCUCCUACUUCUGCUGGUAAAACUUUCAUUUCUUACUAUUGUGUCGAGAAAGUAUUGCGUGCAAGUGAUGAAGAUGUCGUUGUUAUCGUUUCUCCUUCAAAGGCUUUGAUGAAUCAGAUGUGUGGAUCCGUUUAUGCCCGUUUCAAGAAUAAGAGUAUGACAAGAGGAAAAGCCCUGUUCGGUGUUCUGUCUGGUGAAUAUCGCACAAAUCCAUUGAACUGUCAAGUUCUUGUAACUGUUCCGGAAACUUUCGAAAGUUUGCUUCUCUCCGUUGAAAAGGAGGUUCAAGAAUUUGUAUCAAAGAUCAAAUAUGUAGUAUUCGACGAAGUUCACUCUAUCGGAGCUUCCGACGAAGCCCAUAUCUGGGAACAUUUAUUGCUUACUAUUCGCUGUCCAUUCUUGGCCUUGUCUGCCACCAUUGGUAAUGCUUCCAAGCUUCACGCUUGGCUUUCAAAUUCUGAUGCCUACAAAACUGGAGGAAAGAGAAAGGUUGAUCUCAUUUCUUACGGAGAGCGUUAUUCCGAGUUGGAACUGUCUGUUGUUGAUAUUGCCAAGCCCAAUGAAGUUACCGAAGAAGAGAUUUCCAAUAAUGCCGUCACGAAAGGUACCGGUGCUCUCAUGCCUUUGAAUCCCUACGGUGUGUUCAUGCCCGAGAAAAUCAAGAUGUUCGGAAUACCUGAUGACCAGCAACUGACAGCUCGACAGAUCCUUACCCUUUAUCAAACUAUGUCUAAUUACGAUGAUAAAGCAAAGGAGCAGUUCGAGCCAUGUCAUUACUUCGGUUACAAGAAAUCAGGAAACGUGUGGAUCUCAAGAGCAAUGCUCAGAGAGUACGAGCAGAAGCUGAAAGAACAGUUCCUCGGCUGGUUGAACGAUGGAAAUCCAUCUGCUGACAAGGUUCUCAAAGAAUUGAGUGGAGAUGGUCUUCAAGAACAACUUAACCACAGGAGUUUGCCUUUCAAUAAAGUGAAAGUGGCCCUAGAAAACAUCGUUCCAUUGGUCGAUAACAUGAGAGACAACCAAAUGUUGCCAGCUAUCGUUUUCAGUGACGACCGUUUCGCCUGUGAAGCUCUCGCUCAGUUCGUAGCUACUGAGCUGGAGAACAGAGAAAGAGAGUUCAUGGAGACUGAUGAGUUCAAAAACAACUACGCUAUCAAGGACGAAGAAAAACUUCUGAAACUUGCCAAGAGGAAGAGAGAUUUAGCUGACAAGAAGAAGGGAGACAAGGAUGAGGAUAGAGACAAUCGUGAUGGUCGAGAUGGUGAAGAUGAAGUUGAUGCGCUUGGAGCACAGAAAGCUCGUCUAGAACAAGUUCUCGAACGUUUCAAACUGCGAGGACGUGGAGGUGGAGAUCGCGAUAUCUACACCAGAUUCGUUGAACGUUUGUCAAGAGGAGCAAAGCAGAGAGAAAGCACAAGACUCUUACUUCGUUUGUUCGAACGUGGAAUCGGUUUCCAUCAUGCUGCUUUGAACAUGGUGGAAAAGGGUGCUGUUGAAGUGUUGUUCCGUAGUGGACAUCUGGCUAUUCUUUUCUCAACAUCUACUUUGGCUCUCGGAGUUAACAUGCCUUGUAAAUCUGUUGUUUUCUCUGUUGAUACUCAAGUUCUGACUCCAUUGAUGUUCCGUCAGAUGAGUGGUCGUGCUGGACGUAGAGGUUUCGAUCACUCCGGUAACGUAGUGUUCCUAUCAGUUCCCACAAGCAAAAUGAGAAGACUUCUCACUGCUUCACUGUCUAACUUGCAAGGAAAUCCUCCAUUCUCUGUUACUUUCUUAUUACGCCUCCUUUCUUAUGUUCACCAAAAAGACGUCAUUAAUCCAGAUACGGGUGCUCCUAUUCUUACUUUAGAAGACAGAGCUAAGGUUGCUCUAACCGUUUUGAAGAACUCAUUCGCUUUGUUCACGAAACGUGAGUGCAAUGUUGCAACUCUUCGUGAACAGAUCAAAAUGUUCACCGGUUUCUCCAUUCAACUUCUCCGUCAUCUCCAGUUGCUCGAUGAGAACUGCAAUGGAAAGAAUCUUGCCGGUUUGGCCGCUUUCUUACCUGAGAAGGAAGUUGGAAUCCUCCCCUUCAUUCACUUGUUGCAAAAAGGUGCUCUGCAUAAUAUGAUCAAGGACUGUAACGGAAACAAGGAUAAGGCUAAGAGCAAGUUAUUGCUUGUUCUGGCUCACUUGUUCAGCCGUAAACGACUUCCUCCAUCAUUCAAUCCAGAUGAUAAGUCAACUUACCCCAACGUACCUGGAUGCAAAAACUAUCUCUUCCUUCCUUCUUUACCUGAUAAUGUUCUCAAGUGCUUAGAUGAGUAUAACACAUUUACUUAUGCUCUCUAUCAUAAGUUUAUGGCCGCAGCUUCUAAGUCUAAUGAUCUACUUGCACCUAUUUACUACAUAAGUGGUAACAACUAUGAGAAUAAGGCUCUUGUGACUGAGGAUCUUGUAUUACCUAUGUAUGACGGAUACUGUCACGAUCAAUCAUUCUUGCCUGUGGUUGACUUAAACGCUCAUGACUUCCGUGGUCGUAAGAUUCACUACAACGCUUAUGUGUUGAGCAUGUACGCUAAUGAGUCAAGAGAAAUGCUCCAUUCUGUUAAUCAACUUGUCGUCAGCAAUGUUUGGUUCACGAUCAAUGAUUUCAAUGAAGUAAUUCGUCGUUUGUCUGUCGGUCUGGACCUUGUUGCGCGACCUCAAGAUGCUCUUGCCGAAGUUAUGCGUGACUUGCACGCAGAUUUCGAUAAGAAGUUCAGACACAUGUUUGGAAUGAAAGGCAAAGAAUAA